AUGUUUAUUGACAAACACGGUCGGCACAGAGAUAUGAGCUCGAUGCUUGUUGAUGAUGAAGUUCAGGUUAUCGUCAACAACGAGAUCAGAUUUGAACCGGUGAUCACCUUUAUCCACCGUCAGCCAGAAGUUAUGCAAGAAUUUCUCCAGAUCACCACUGAGAAGAACAACAUCCUGAGGAUCAUUGAAGAUCAUCUCCUAUUUGUAGAGAAGACUGGCAAAGCAACAGCCAUUCCCGCCAGGGAUGUAAAAGUUGGAGAUAUUCUGUACGUGAGAGCAGACCAUGGUGUAGAGAAGGAUACAGUUCUGAACAUCAGCAAGGUCUACGGGAAAGGUGUUUACGCCCCAGUGACCCUCAGUGGUACCAUUCUGGUCAACGAUGUGCACACCUCGUGUUACUUUGAUGUUUUGUCUCAUGAGUGGUCCCACAGAGCGAUGGGUGUUGUUCGCGCCGUGCAUUAUGUGUCCCCUUGGAUUCUGCAGUGGAUCAGUGGCGUAGGACGGAAGGAUGGGAUUUCCAGGCUGGUGCAGACUGGCUCAUAAGAUGCUUAUCUUGUCGGACUGAAUUCUGAACGGUACUAAUCUCUUAUUUUUACUACUAUUUGAUUUGAUUUGAUCUGACCUUA